AUGCAUCAGUAUGACAAAUGUCUACCUGUCAACAGAUUAGACAGAAAACGUUUUUCUAGAUAUGACAUUUGGCUCAGGAGGACACACAAGAGCCAUUCUACAGAAGGAGCCAGAUAUCACUCUGUAUGCAUUAGACAGGGACCCUACAGCACAUGCAAUAGCCGAACAGCUUUCAGAAUUGUACCCUAAACAGAUCCGAGCCGUCCUAGGCCAGUUCGGCCAGGCAGAGGCCUUACUGAUGAAAGCUGGAGUGCAACCAGGGACUUUGGAUGGAGUUCUUCUGGAUCUUGGGUGUUCCUCCAUGCAACUUGAUACCCCUGAAAGAGGUUUUUCCCUUCGGAAGGACGGCCCCUUGGACAUGAGAAUGGAUGGUGACAGGUACCCUGAUAUGCCCACCGCAGCUGAUGUUGUGAACGCGUUAGAUCAACAGGCACUUGCAUCCAUCCUGAGAACAUACGGAGAGGAGAAGCACGCCAAGAAAAUCGCUUCAGCAAUUGUUCAGGCACGCAGCCUCUACCCCAUCACCAGAACCCAGCAGCUUGCCAGCAUUGUUGCAGGUGCAUUUCCUCCCUCUGCUCUUUAUGCGCGAAAAGAUUUGCUACAGCGAUCUACCCAUAUUGCUACAAAGACUUUUCAAGCUUUUCGCAUAUUUGUGAACAAUGAGCUCAAUGAACUUUACACAGGACUGGAGACAGCUCAGAAGUUUCUGAGACCUGGUGGUCACCUCGUUGCCCUCUCCUUCCAUUCACUGGAGGAUCGCAUCAUCAAACGAUUCCUGCUUGGGAUAAGCAUGACAGAAAGGUUUAACCUAAGUGCUAGACAGAAAGUGAUACAAAAAUCACAGUUGGAUUCAGAUCAGGAAAACAAGAAACACGUCUCUAUAGGAAAGGCCUCUUUAACGUGGAAACUGAUGCACAAGAAGGUACUUACUCCAGAAGAUAAAGAUGUACAGGAUAACCCCAGAGCACGCUCUGCCAAGCUUAGAGCAGCUAUCAAAUUAUGAGAACGUUUUCAUCAUCUAAUCCUUCAAGAUUUUCCUCACAGUUUCUCAUGUGACAUUCCUGGACAACCUAAUGUAAGAAAGUGUGGGAUAUAUAAAGCUAUAUAAUUAUAUAUGUGUGGAUCUAGAGGGUAUCUAGCUUUUUUUUUUUUUCCCUCAAAAAGAAAAUGUAAGAAAUAUUAGCAUGAUGUAGAAAGCUCAAUUCAAGGAGCAGCAGUACCUCAAAACUGGAAAAAUAUGUUUAUCUUAGCAAUAUAUUUGACUUUUGAAAUGGUUAAAUUCUGGUUAAAUAUUUUCUUUAAUCAGGAAAUUUUUUAAAAGAAGAAGAGGAGAAUAUGUGUAUGUAAAAUCAAGUUGUCAAAAGAGAGAUUUUAAUUAUAUCUGCAUGACCAGAUUCUGAAUUUAGAUAUUCAGAUUUGCCACAGACUGUCUAUGUUUCAAAUAGUUAAUAAUGAUCAUGGAAUUUAUUUUAAUUUUUCUCUUGGAAACAGCGUUCUCAAAUACAGGUAUUACCAUUUUAAAAAUGCAUUACACUGAUAAAUUUAAAUACUGAAUUAUAGUGUUCAUUGUUUUAAAGAGAUUUUUCCAUAUGAUAUGUGCCAUGUUUUCAUAUAUUGCAAACUAAAAAUAUAGAAUUGCUCUAAUAGCCUUCACAGAGGAUGUUUCAUAAAACUUAUAUUUGAAUUCAGUUGUAUUUAUUAUAGUAAUAGCCCAGAAUGCUUUUGAUAAAUAGUGAAAUCUCUUAUCAUUUGAAUUCUGCAUUUUUAAACUGAGCUAUUCAAAAUAGUCAAAGUCUAUUGAAAUGGAAAAGUUUAUCAUCUAUUCCAGAUACUAAAAUCUGUGUGCUCUUAAUUUUCUUAUUUACAAAUAAUAACUAAGUGUAAAAUGUUUUCUCAGGAGUUCACAUGGUAGAGGAUUCUUUAAUAAAUUAUAGUUAAAAUUAAUUCAUAAUUCACAUAACUUUUUAUACAUAAGUAUGCAUUUCUGAUUUAUUCAGUUAUGAUGCAAGUACUGAAAUAGAGAAACAAAGGUGAGUAAAAUAUACAUAGCCCAAAGUACCAGUCCUGUGGAGAUUAUAGUCUAGCAAAGAAGAGCGAUGGUAAUUAACUAAUCAUAAAAAUUAAUAUAAAAUUGACAAAGUGGUAAGGGCUGUAUAGAAGUAGUAUGCUGUCCUGUGCUGUGUUUAGUCAGUACCAUAAAUACAUCCAAUAGGGACUUCAUCUACUAAAGGAAACCAGGUCUGACAACAUGGUACUUGAUUUAUGACUCAAAGAAUGAAUAAGAGUCAAAGGAUACAUGGGCAUGUAUCCUUUAACCCCAUAUAUCUGUGUCCUUAUAAGAAGAGAAGAAAGACAGAGGCACAAGGGAGAAUGCCACAUGAAGACAAAAGCAGAGACUGAAGUGAUGUAUCUACAAGCCAGGGAACACCAAGAAUUGCUGGCAACCAUAAGAAGCUAAGAGAGAAGCAUGAAGUAGAUUCUCCCUCAGGAACUUUAGUAGGUAUUAAUAACUGCUGAAACCUUGGUUUCAGACUUCCAACCUCCAGAACAGAUAGAGAAUAGAUUUCUGCUGUCUUCUGCUGUCCAAUCUGUGGUAGUUUAUUAUGGCACCCUUAAGAGACUAGUACUCUGACCCCUCCCCCACCAAAAAAUCUUGAAUAAUAUGCAUGAAAAAAAUCCUGCUUCAAUAAACACAAAAUCGGCUUCAAAAUAUUAUAGUGUAAAAACACAUUAUCUAUUUUUUAUAAUUAGGCUGUUUGCGACAAUCAUUCUUACCUUCCUCUUAGUCUUAGUUGUAGGAUGAAUAAUCAAAUACAUGAAUGAGUUUCAAAUAAUUAACACUGGAGAAUGGUUUUGGGGAAUUUAUACAGUACAUAUAGAAAAUCAGAUUAUUAAAAUGAAUGUACAUUGCUUUUCUAAUAAAAUAUAAAUUAUAUAAAACAAGCAAUUGUUUUGCAUUUCUGAAUCUUUCUAUUGACUGCUUCUGCCAGUCAUUUUAUAUAACAUAGAUCCCAUUGUGUAGGACAUCAGUUCUUAACAGUUUUAAUAAUUGCUCAUUAAGAAAUGAAAUUUAAUAACUACAUACAAUUUUUAGUUGAUACUCCAAUUUUGUAUGUUCAUUUCGUUUUGACAAUUAUAUGUUGGUUAUUAUGUAAUCUUUGAAAUUUCUAGGUUAAUUUCAGGGGAAGACAGUAAUAAUAUCUAUUUUUUUCUAUUUCAUGUAAUAUGUGAUAUAUGGUUUGUGCUUAAAUUCAUUUAUAUUGAGCUAUUUAUUAUAUUACAACCAAUAGUUUAUAAGAAAAUACAGUAUGCCUCACUAGGUUUUUGAGGUUAACUAAAACCUCUUAAAAUUAACUUGUAAAUAUUUGAAAAUCAUAUUUUCUUUAGUCUUUGCAGAGUGUUACAUAUCUUCAGAGGUUUAUAAAAUUCUAAUUUUUGUUUUUAAAUAAGAAGCAUAAAUAAUAAUGAAUUUAUACUGUAGAUUUUUUAAAUAAAAUUUAAACUUCAUUUGAAAUCUUAUUCAAAAA